AGGUGCUCCCCGCCCCCCUGCCCGGCUGCCUCCUUCUAGCCGCUUCCAGGCGUCCGCCAUUGGCUCUGGCGCCCCCCUGCCAGUUUGGCGGUGUGGCGCGCUCCUGAGUUGGGAAGGGUCGCUGAGUGCCGCGAGGGGCAAAGGGAAGCGUGGGGAGCGGACCGAAGCGGCGAGCACGAAGACAGUGUCCGCCCACCGAAGGUGCGAGAAAAAGCUUUCUGAGCCUCGGGCACCUCACAGAUCCCGUGGGGGCAACCGCACCUGAGCCGGUGGGCCUCCAGCGCGCGUGCGCGACCAGGGUCUUCCCGCACCUGAUCGCGAGACCCCAACGGCCUGCGGCUCGAGGCCUCGGCGGCGCAUCCCGGGCACCCGUCAUGGCGCAGCUGUGUGGGCCGCGGCGCUGCCGGGCGCUCCUCGCCCUGCUGGCAUCGCUGCUCCUCUCCAGGGCCGAGGUGGCCCACGGAGACCGAAGCAUCCACGACUUUUGCCAAGUUUCGAAGGUGGUGGGACGAUGCCGGGCCUCCAUCCCCAGAUGGUGGUACAAUGUCACUGAAGGGUCUUGCCAGCCAUUUGUGUAUGGUGGCUGUGAAGGGAAUGACAACAAUUACCAGAGCAAGGAGGAGUGUCUUGAGAAAUGUGCUGGCGUUACAGAGAAUUCCAUUGAUGGUCUGGACACCAGCAGGAGUGGAGCAGGUUCUUCUGUCCCCAGUGUUCCCAGAAGGCAGGAUUCUGAUGACCUCUCUGAUGGUGUUUUCAACUAUGAAGAGUACUGCGCUGCCAAGGCCGUCACUGGGCCCUGCCGGGCAGCCUUCCUGCGCUGGUACUUUGAUGCUGAGAAGAACUCCUGUGACAACUUCAUCUACGGAGGGUGCCGGGGCAAUAAGAACAGCUAUCUCUCCAAGGAGGCCUGCAUGCAGCGCUGCUUCGGAAAGGAGCCGUAUCCUGUCCUCCCCCCUGGCACCAAAGCGGUGGUCCUGGCAGGUCUCUUUGUGAUGGUACUGAUCCUCCUCCUGGGAGCCUCUGUGGUCUGCCUGAUCCGGAUAGCGCGGAAGAAGCAGGAGCGUGCUCUCCGCACUGUCUGGAGCUCUGGAGAUGACAAGGAGCAGCUGGUGAAGAACACAUAUGUCCUGUGAAGGGCCUUGUCGCCAGAACGGGGAAGGAAGGGGAGAAUGUGUGCUUUUUAAAAACUAGAGUGAUUGAUUGUAUCUGCGAGAUCAUUAGGGCUUUGGUCUGUUUGUUGCUCCGAACGGUGAGGAGGUGCUUCCUGAGCCAGGCGGACUUGCUUGGGAAACCCUCAUGGGCAGGCGCUGCUUCUCGACCCCACCGCUGGCAGCACCCACAGUGGGGUCCCCCUUCUGUGCCCAGGUGUCGUUUUCUGUGCUCAUGUCGAACCCCAUUGCCUCCUUUCCCACCACGAAAGCAAUGUUUAAAAGUUUCCUUGGUUUGUUUGAUUCAUGGUUGUUGUUGUUGUUGUUGUUGUUGUUUUUAAGUAGAAACAAAAGGUUUUUUUUUUUUUUUUUUUUAAAUUAGGGUUCUGAAAGGAAGAAAAUAAAACAUGUAAGUUUAAUAAAAAAGGGUCUUUCCUUUUAAAAGAAAUUUCAGCAUGUGCUUUAUGUCUUCAUUGAUCUACAAAUUUAUACUCAGAUUAUCUCAAGACUGGACGUGGUAUGUUCCAUUCCAGAAACUGACCCUUCAAGUAUCAUCUUUCAGAUCUUUUUGAAUAUAACCCACAGUGUGAAAUAAAUUUUACAUUAUUGUGUGCC